AUGGUUCUUGCUGACUUUGGGGCGAAUGUGACUCUUAUCGAAAAGCCUGAACAAGAUGGAAUGGGAAUGGAGCAACGUCUAGCAAAUCGAAAAAAUAUCCAAGGUUUGGAUUUGAAGAAGCCAGAAGAUCGAGCAAAGCUGAAGCAGCUAUGCAAAGAAAGCGAUGUGCUUCUUGAUCCAUAUCGACCAGGAGUUUUGGAAAAAAUGGGAUUAGAUCCCCUUGAUCUCUUAGAAGAGAAUAAAGGAUUGGUGGUGUGCAGACUUACAGGAUAUGGGCAAACUGGACCGUUAGCACAUGAAGCUGGGCAUGAUAUUAACUAUGUUGCGAUUACAGGUUUGAUGCCAACGAUAUCUGGCCACAGUUGUCACCGUCCUUGGCCUCCAGUCAAUCUGUUAGCUGAUUUUGCUGGUGGAGGACUUACAGCUGCUUUUGGAGUAGUUGCUGCGUUACUUAAAAGAGAGAAGAAUGGCGGUCAUGGAUGUGUCAUUGAUUGUUCUAUGUCCGAAGGUCUUUCAUACUUAGCCUCAUUCGUUCAUCGCUAUCACGAUAUUUCACAUCUUUGGACAGAUCCAAAUGCAGCAUUUUCUGGAGAUUGUCCCAUUUACAGGUACAUCUCCUAA